GAUCACCAUCAUCACUUUUGAUUAGAAAUGCAGUCGACGAUCUACAAAGACGUUGAUAAAGCUGUAUCAAAUGAUAGUACUCCUCACACUCAGCCUGAGGUUGACUCUAGGCUCGGCUGGGGUGAAGAGGCCUCCAGAGUAUAUGAAUCCACAAAGGAGAGAUUGCUCUCUACAAUCGGUAGCACGAAAUCACUGCUCUCAGAUAUUCAGAAUUUUAAUUCCUCAGCUUGGACGAUGCACUAUCCUGGAAUAGAUUGCGAGCAGCCACAGAUUAGCUCAAAUUCACUCCAUAGAACACUCUCCGCAGACGGCACCACAGGUCUUUCUACGAAUGAUCAACAAAUUGUGGCUAACCCACCAGAAAUGCAGGUCCUCAGACUGGAUCUGAAGUUAGGCGCAUCUUCAGCUCAUCCAAGUGCGCUUGUUAACAGCCUUGAGAAAUCUUCCAUCGCCACUCUCCUCGAUUCGCGCUUGACAAAGUCUUCACAACAUUUAGAAGCCUUAUCAACCAGAAUAAAGGAUACUUCAUCAAAGGUUUUAGUCACAGGUGAUUUGAACAGUGGUAAAUCAACCUUUGUCAAUGCCAUUCUCAGACGUAACGUCAUGCCUUCAAAUCAACUUCCUACAACGACUUUAUUCUGUGAAGUACACCCAGUUGAAGAGCAUCCAGAGAAGAUUGAACAAGUUCACCUUAUUAAGUCCGUCCGCGAUGCUUACUCACCACACGAUGAAUCCACCUUCAAGCCAUAUGCAUUGGAAGAUUUAGAAAUUCUUUGUGAAGAAAACGAGACCAAUCCAAAUCCACCUCUUCUUAAAGUAUACCUCAACGAUCCAAGGUCAGCUAACAACAGCUUGCUCUCGAAUGGUACCGUCUCCAUCUCACUCAUUGACGCUCCUGGUCUUAACCUCGACACACUCUCAACAACCGCACUUUUCGCUCGUCAAGAAGAGAUUGAUGUUAUUGUCUUUGUUCUCAGCGCUGAGAACAGAUUAACACUUUCAGCCAAAGAAUUCUUGGUUAACGCGAGUCAUGAAAAGGCAUGCGUCUUCUGCGUCGUAAAUGGAUGGGAUAGAAUUAGCGAGAAGAACAAGGAAAAGUGUAAGAAGGGUGUUCUCGAUCAAUUAAAGAGUAUUUCACAUGAGACUUGGAUGGAUAGAGAAGAACUCGUCCACUUUGUUGACUCCACAAGUGUUGAAACUGAUCAGGAUAUGGAUAAUUCAUCACGUUUCGCUAGACUUGAAGAAUCACUCAGAAACUUCGUUCUUUUCAAUCGUCAAAAGUCAAAGCUCGCACCUGCAGCCAGAUUCUUAUCACAUUUAUUAUCAGAUGUUGAAUUACUCUCUAAAGCAAAUGUGAAAGUUGCAGAUGAGGAACUUGAAGCAGCCAAGAAUGAACUUAUUCGUGUCAAGCCAAUUCUUGAACAAAUGCGUGAGAAGAGAGAAAGUUUACAAAAUGAGUUGGAAAAAAUUGAGAAUGAUGCAGUUGAAAAGCUCGGCAAAUACACUCGUAAAGAGAUUGAAAAUGCUCUCAAUGAAAUUGGUAAUGGUCGUUUAGCUUCAGAUAAAGUUAGUAUGCCAGUUUACCAAGGGCUUUUAUCUAUAUACCCAUACGCACGCGCUGUCAAGCAUGCACUUCUUGAAUCACUGGAUAUUACCAUUAAGGAUGUUGAAAACCAAGUUAGAGACGUGACCGGUGAUAGCGUAACUCUUGUACAAACUGUAGGCAACGAAGCUCUCCCUGAGGGCGUUGAACGCGUUAAGAGAAUAUUCGUUAAAGAGGCUAUGUUCAAAUCACGUUCUAAGAGCGUAUCUACCGUUGGAAUGAACCUCUCACGGAAAUCACAAAAUAUUGAAAUUUCUCCACGUGAGAUCUUUGACACUACACAAUUCCUUAUUUUCAGAAAGACCGGAGACAAGAAGAUCGAUGAGGAUGAAGAUGAGGGUUCCUUCCUCGGCGGACUUAGUUUGGCUGUUGGUGCCAUCACCAUGGUUGGUGGUAAAACGAUGGGCAUGAGAGGAUUCAUUGAAGGUGCCGUUAGAAUCAGCAAUUUGUGGGGUUCUGAUAGGGUACGUCAAUGGGCUGCACCUGCAAUUAGUGUUUUAGUCGUCGGUGCUGCUACUUACUACAUUUUCGAAUUACCUAGAAUGAUUCCAAGGACAAUUGGUACAUCAAUCAAAAACUCUUUGGAAGCAGCCCCAGAGCCAUCAAUAACUGGUGACCAUACUACGGAUAACUACUCAGAGAUUCAUCAAUUGAGAGUCGAACGUGAAACGCGUAAGGUACUUAGAUUGGCAUCAUGGGAUGUCAAGGAGAAAUUCAGAGCAACACUCGAAACACAUGCCACUGAAUGCCAAAGAGCUGAACAGGGAGAAGCUAAAGCGAAGAGAGCUAUUGAAUGGUUCGAAAACGUAUGUAAUAAAGUUGAAGGUCUUCGCAAACUUGGAGGAUUGUCAAUCCCAAUGGAGAAGAUGUGAAUAUGACACAACGAAUGAACCACUACUCAGAAUGUACAAUUUUUGUUUUUAUAUAAAUUACGAUUAUUUUCC